AUUUUGUUUUGAUAUGCAAAGGCCCGUGGAUGAAAAGUGCGAGAGCGAGGCCCAAUCCGACCUCGAGCGCUCUAGCAACAUGCUAGCAGCGCCUGACGAUAAUAAGAAGACCGAGCUGGACAAAUCUGACACGACACCGAAGGCAAGUGAAGAGGAUCCGAAACCACGAAUAGUGCUCACAUUUCGCUCCGAAAAGACAGGAACGCGUUCUAGCAACAUGAAAAUAGUUUCAGCCGAAGAGAAACAAGAGGAAAUCUCGCCGCGGCGUUCCACUCGCAUCAGAAUACCCGUUAUGUGGGAUUCUGAAGAGGAGGCAGAAUUUACGUCGCCCAAGAAAGAAAAAGCUGUAAGCAGCGUGUCGGAGAACGAGGAAGCUUCCGACGGGAGCACUCCCAAACGCUCCACACGUCGGAGAAGCAAGGAGUUCUCUGAUAACGUCAUCGCUAACGCCAUAGCUAGGAAGGAGAAGUAUAAUGACCCUGGACCUCCAAAGAGGCCCUCUAGACAAAUAAAACCCACUCCUAAGGUACUAGGGAAUAAAGAGCUGAGGUGGCUGCAGUCUCAGCCGCAUAUUGUUAUAGACAGGUCGGAGGAGGGUGUGAUGACCCGCAGGUCGGCGCGGAGGAAGAGCUUUGAAGCUGUGGAGGAGAAGAAAGUUGGGAAGGUUUUUGAGGAGGAAGAAGAUAUUGAGGCAGAAGAGAUGGAACUGGAAGAAUCCCAGACAGAGGAGACGGAGGUACAAUCAAACAAUGUGAAGAAACUGAAACACCUCUGUGAGCUGGGGCUCCGGGCCAUCAACCCUGCUGCCCUGAGUGACAGCCAGGAGGCUGAAGACAGAGACGAAGACAUGGAAGAACUAGAAGAUGAGGAACUGGACGAAGAGCUCAUCAGCAAACUAGCCGAAGCGGAGACCGGCUCCGACGAGGACGAGGGUGAUGACGACGAGUUCUUGUGCGCCGCGGACGCGUCGUGCGGCGAGAGGCCCCGGAGGUCCACCAGGCUGUGCUCGGGCUAUGGAGAGGAUGAUGAGAUGACAGAAGACGGGAAAUCACAGCCGCGACGCUCAUCAAGGAUACCUAAGAGUGUAGAGUACUUGUCGGACACCGAAAGCAGUAGGAACCCGGCGGGUGCCGAUGAUACGGAGGCUGAAUAUCCGGAUGAAGAGUCUGGUGUCACGGCGACUUGUUACUGCGAGGCGACCAGCAACGUGUACGCCUCGCCUAAAGACUUGGACGCGGAGCCAGUGUUCUGCCAAGCCGUGGAGCUGGUGGACGGGAUCCGCGUGGGCUGCUCGCACAGCGCGCUGCGCACGCCGGCGGGGCUGGCGCCGCUGGUGCGCAGCGGCCCGCGCGCGCCCUACGUGCUCGCGUGCGAGCAGCACAACCGGCAGCUGCGGCUGCACAUGGCGUGCGCGGCCUGCGGCUGCUUCUGUACGCAGGGCGUGUUCUACCGCUGCAACAGGAACCACUACUUCCACGUCGACUGCGGCAUCUCCAACGAUCCCAAACAGAAGCCCGGGUGCCCGCACUGCGGCGUCUACUCCUACCGAUGGCAACCUGUCAAUAGGGAGUGCCGUAGAGUGCGGAUCACCGCUAAAUGCUCCAAUAAGAGGGUGUUCCUACCCGAUCAGAGGGUGCAAUGCACACCAGCAUACCUCGGCUUCUCCACGCUGGACCCCGCGAGCUUAGAACAAGACCCCAUAAUCCCUCCAGAACUACUGCCGACGCUGACGGUGGAUCUCGAGGGUCUGCGGACACGGGACCCUACGGCUACGGACGCGGGGGAUCUCUACCCCGCUAUACUAGCGGGGGCUAAGGCUGACGAACUGUUGCCUAUGAUAGGUGAUGUGAUCGAGGGUCUGCGGACACGGGACCCUACGGCUACGGACGCGGGGGAUCUCUACCCCGCUAUACUAGCGGGGGCUAAGGCUGACGAACUGUUGCCUAUGAUAGGUGAUGUGAUCGAGGGUCUGCGGACACGGGACCCUACGGCUACGGACGCGGGGGAUCUCUACCCCGCUAUACUAGCGGGGGCUAAGGCUGACGAACUGUUGCCUAUGAUAGGUGAUGUGAUCGAGGGUCUGCGGACACGGGACCCUACGGCUACGGACGCGGGGGAUCUCUACCCCGCUAUACUAGCGGGGGCUAAGGCUGACGAACUGUUGCCUAUGAUAGGGUCUGCGGACACGGGACCCUACGGCUACGGACGCGGGGAUCUUUACCCCGCUAUACUAGCGGGGGCUAAGGCUGAUGAACUGUUGCCUAUGAUAGUGUCGUGCCCCGACAUAAACAAGCCGGUGACGGGCGGCGGCGGUGUGGCGCACGCGGCGGCGCGCCGCGGCCACCUGGCCGCGCUGCACCUCGCGCAGUGCGCGGGCGCCAGCCUCGACGCGCAGGACAAGCGCGACCUCACACCGCUCAUGUGCGCCGUCAGAGCGCUCUCCAAAAAGACCCAAUCGAAGCCAAAACACACCGACUCAGACGUGGAAAUGGACGCGGACCCAGAGAGCGAGAAGGAAGACGACAAGAGCGAGACGGGCAGCGACGAGGAGCUGCUCAAGGUCAUACGGUACCUGGUCGCCGCCGGGUGCGACGCCAACCUGCCUGGCCCCGAAGGCAUGACGGCGCUGCACACGGCCGCCCGCUACGGGCACAAGGAGGCGUGCGCCGCCAUCUUGAGCUCGGCGCGGUCGCAGGUCGACCCGCGCGACCACGGCGGCUGGACGCCGCUCGUGUGGGCGGCGGAGCACUCACACGCAGCCGUAGUCAGGUACAGUGUGGCAGGGGGGUACACAGCGCUGCACACGGCCGCCCGCUACGGGCACAAGGAGGCGUGCGCCGCCAUCUUGAGCUCGGCGCGGUCGCAGGUCGACCCGCGCGACCACGGCGGCUGGACGCCGCUCGUGUGGGCGGCGGAGCACUCACACGCAGCCGUAGUCAGGUACAGUGUGGCAGGGGGGUACACAGCGCUGCACACGGCCGCCCGCUACGGGCACAAGGAGGCGUGCGCCGCCAUCUUGAGCUCGGCGCGGUCGCAGGUCGACCCGCGCGACCACGGCGGCUGGACGCCGCUCGUGUGGGCGGCGGAGCACUCACACGCAGCCGUAGUCAGGUACAGUGUGGCAGGGGUACACAGCGCUGCACACGGCCGCCCGCUACGGGCACAAGGAGGCGUGCGCCGCCAUCUUGAGCUCGGCGCGGUCGCAGGUCGACCCGCGCGACCACGGCGGCUGGACGCCGCUCGUGUGGGCGGCGGAGCACUCACACGCAGCCGUAGUCAGGGGUACACAGCGCUGCACACGGCCGCCCGCUACGGGCACAAGGAGGCGUGCGCCGCCAUCUUGAGCUCGGCGCGGUCGCAGGUCGACCCGCGCGACCACGGCGGCUGGACGCCGCUCGUGUGGGCGGCGGAGCACUCACACGCAGCCGUAGUCAGGUACAGUGUGGCAGGGGUACACAGCGCUGCACACGGCCGCCCGCUACGGGCACAAGGAGGCGUGCGCCGCCAUCUUGAGCUCGGCGCGGUCGCAGGUCGACCCGCGCGACCACGGCGGCUGGACGCCGCUCGUGUGGGCGGCGGAGCACUCACACGCAGCCGUAGUCAGGGGUACACAGCGCUGCACACGGCCGCCCGCUACGGGCACAAGGAGGCGUGCGCCGCCAUCUUGAGCUCGGCGCGGUCGCAGGUCGACCCGCGCGACCACGGCGGCUGGACGCCGCUCGUGUGGGCGGCGGAGCACUCACACGCAGCCGUAGUCAGGUACAGUGUGGCAGGGGUAUACAGCGCUGCACACGGCCGCCCGCUACGGGCACAAGGAGGCGUGCGCCGCCAUCUUGAGCUCGGCGCGGUCGCAGGUCGACCCGCGCGACCACGGCGGCUGGACGCCGCUCGUGUGGGCGGCGGAGCACUCACACGCAGCCGUAGUCAGGGGUACACAGCGCUGCACACGGCCGCCCGCUACGGGCACAAGGAGGCGUGCGCCGCCAUCUUGAGCUCGGCGCGGUCGCAGGUCGACCCGCGCGACCACGGCGGCUGGACGCCGCUCGUGUGGGCGGCGGAGCACUCACACGCAGCCGUAGUCAGGUACAGUGUGGCAGGGGUACACAGCGCUGCACACGGCCGCCCGCUACGGGCACAAGGAGGCGUGCGCCGCCAUCUUGAGCUCGGCGCGGUCGCAGGUCGACCCGCGCGACCACGGCGGCUGGACGCCGCUCGUGUGGGCGGCGGAGCACUCACACGCAGCCGUAGUCAGGGGUACACAGCGCUGCACACGGCCGCCCGCUACGGGCACAAGGAGGCGUGCGCCGCCAUCUUGAGCUCGGCGCGGUCGCAGGUCGACCCGCGCGACCACGGCGGCUGGACGCCGCUCGUGUGGGCGGCGGAGCACUCACACGCAGCCGUAGUCAGGUACAGUGUGGCAGGGGUAUACAGCGCUGCACACGGCCGCCCGCUACGGGCACAAGGAGGCGUGCGCCGCCAUCUUGAGCUCGGCGCGGUCGCAGGUCGACCCGCGCGACCACGGCGGCUGGACGCCGCUCGUGUGGGCGGCGGAGCACUCACACGCAGCCGUAGUCAGGGGUACACAGCGCUGCACACGGCCGCCCGCUACGGGCACAAGGAGGCGUGCGCCGCCAUCUUGAGCUCGGCGCGGUCGCAGGUCGACCCGCGCGACCACGGCGGCUGGACGCCGCUCGUGUGGGCGGCGGAGCACUCACACGCAGCCGUAGUCAGAUUGCUGCUAGAGCAGGGCGCGGAGCCGACCGCGACGGACAUAGAGGGCAACGCGGCCGCGCACUGGUGCGCCCUGGCCGGCCACGCGCCCUGCCUGCGGCUGCUGGUGGAGGCCGCGCCGCGCGCCGUCGCCGCCGUCAACGCGCACAGGGACACCCCCCUUCACGUGGCCGCGAGGCAAGGCCACUACGCGUGCGUCGUGAUAUUGCUGGCACACGGAGCCAGGACGGAUGUAGAGAACAUAGCGGGCGAGCUGCCGGUGGAGGUGUGCUCGGGGCAGUGCCAGAGCGCCAUCUCGCUGAACAUGCAGAUGGCGAUCGCCUCGAGAGAGCAACUCACGCGGUACAAGAUGCUGUCAAGCGACAUAUCCAACGGCCGCGAGCCCCACCCCAUCCCGUGCGUCAACGAGGUGGACGACACGCCCGCCCCCGCGGACUUCACGUACGUGGCGCGCCACGUGACGCCGCGACGCGUCGACCUCGACGACACCAUCGACACACUCGACAUAUCCAACGAACGAGAGUCACACCCCAUCCCGUGCGUCAACGAGGUGGACGACACGCCCGCCCCCGCGGACUUCACGUACGUGGCGCGCCACGUGACGCCGCGACGCGUCGACCUCGACGACACCAUCGACACACUCGACAUAUCCAACGAACGAGAGUCACACCCCAUCCCGUGCGUCAACGAGGUGGACGACACGCCCGCCCCCGCGGACUUCACGUACGUGGCGCGCCACGUGACGCCGCGACGCGUCGACCUCGACGACACCAUCGACACACUGCAGCCACACCCCAUCCCGUGCGUCAACGAGGUGGACGACACGCCCGCCCCCGCGGACUUCACGUACGUGGCGCGCCACGUGACGCCGCGACGCGUCGACCUCGACGACACCAUCGACACACUGCAGCCACACCCCAUCCCGUGCGUCAACGAGGUGGACGACACGCCCGCCCCCGCGGACUUCACGUACGUGGCGCGCCACGUGACGCCGCGACGCGUCGACCUCGACGACACCAUCGACACACUGCAGCCACACCCCAUCCCGUGCGUCAACGAGGUGGACGACACGCCCGCCCCCGCGGACUUCACGUACGUGGCGCGCCACGUGACGCCGCGACGCGUCGACCUCGACGACACCAUCGACACACUGCAGCCACACCCCAUCCCGUGCGUCAACGAGGUGGACGACACGCCCGCCCCCGCGGACUUCACGUACGUGGCGCGCCACGUGACGCCGCGACGCGUCGACCUCGACGACACCAUCGACACACUGCAGCCACACCCCAUCCCGUGCGUCAACGAGGUGGACGACACGCCCGCCCCCGCGGACUUCACGUACGUGGCGCGCCACGUGACGCCGCGACGCGUCGACCUCGACGACACCAUCGACACACUGCAGCCACACCCCAUCCCGUGCGUCAACGAGGUGGACGACACGCCCGCCCCCGCGGACUUCACGUACGUGGCGCGCCACGUGACGCCGCGACGCGUCGACCUCGACGACACCAUCGACACACUGCAGCCACACCCCAUCCCGUGCGUCAACGAGGUGGACGACACGCCCGCCCCCGCGGACUUCACGUACGUGGCGCGCCACGUGACGCCGCGACGCGUCGACCUCGACGACACCAUCGACACACUCGACAUAUCCAACGAACGAGAGCCACACCCCAUCCCGUGCGUCAACGAGGUGGACGACACGCCCGCCCCCGCGGACUUCACGUACGUGGCGCGCCACGUGACGCCGCGACGCGUCGACCUCGACGACACCAUCGACACACUGCAGGGUUGCACGUGUACGGACGGCACGUGCUCCGCGGACACGUGCUCGUGCCAGCUGCUCGGUGUGCGCCGGUGGUUCCACAAGGGCCGUCUUGUACCCGACUUCCCCUACCACGAACCGCCCAUGCUGUUCCAAUGCAACCACACUUGUGGAUGCAACAAGAAACUGUGCACGAAUUCGGUAGUGACCCGGGCCACGGAAAACGGGUCCAUGAUGAUCCGAGCCUGCGUGUUCCGCGCCGGCGGCUCCAAGGGCUGGGGGCUCCGCGCGACGGCCAAGGUCCUCCGCGGGUCCCCGGUGGCCACGUACUGCGGGGAGCUGGUCAGCAUGGGCCACGCCGACACGCGCUCACCCGACCACUACAUGUUCGCGCUGGACGUGAAGCCGGACCUACUCGAGCAAUGCGAGUACAAAGUCCAGCUGUGCGUGGACGCGGCGCGCUACGGCAGCGCGGCGCGCUUCAUCAACCACAGCUGCCGGCCGAACCUGGCGCCCGUGCGCGUGUUCACCGGCAGCCGCGACCUGCGCCUGCCGGCCGUGUGCCUGUUCGCCACCAGGGACAUCGCGCCCGGCGAGGAGCUCUCUUUCGACUACGGCGACAAGUUCUGGUCGGUCAAGUCCAAGUGGAUGAAAUGCGAGUGUGGCAGCCCGGAGUGCAGGUAUCCGCACCAGGCCGCCGACGACGAGUGAGCCGGGUACCACAGCUCACCUC